AUGCGCUUGAUGGUGUUUCUGCGUCCGUCAUCAUCCUCGUCUUCCUCGCCAUCUGAGGAUGAGGAGGACGGAUCGCCGCCGAAUCCCUUCUCCAUGGCGUCCAUCCCCUGGAAUACCGCUUGCGGAGCUUCUCCAUCUUGUGACGGCACUGGCGGCGGUCUUCGUGGGCGUGCCGGGGCAGCGCAGCGGAGGUUGCUUCGCCGGAGGGAGUACCAGUGGUUGGCGCGGAGGUUGCUGCACUGGAGGGAGUACCACUUGUCCCUGGCCGUCGUCUCGUUGGGAGACCAACACGGGGGAGGGAAGCGGCAGGAGGCGGUGGCGACAACGGCGGUCGCGGCGGGGAGGGCUAGGGCGGUGGGGAUGUGGCGGUCGUCGUCACCGCGAGGGGAGGAUGAGGACGGGGACACGGUCGUGGCGGCCAUGGCUGUUUCUACAAUCGACGAUCUGGUGAAUAAUUGGAGGAUGAGAGAGAAAGUGGGGAAGGAGCGGCGGAGGGUUUUGGCGUGA